AUGUCGGACGUCAACACGCUCGUGUUCCAGCCGCUGAAAGAGUUCUUCAAGAACAGUCUCCACCUGAUCAAGAAGUGCAACAAACCCGACCGAAAAGAGUUUGCCCGCAUCGCUGGCGCCACGUCCGUGGGCUUCUUAUUGAUGGGCUUCAUCGGGUUCUUUGUCAAGCUUGUGCACAUCCCCAUUAACAACAUCCUCGUGGGUGGCGGCGCCUAA